GGCCGUCGCCUAGCAACGGCGAUGGACCGAGAAACGGAGGGCCGGGGGUACCUGGCGCAGCACAAAAUCCCCGAACUUUUGUAUAGUUUGACCUCGUUGCUGCUGUAUCACCGGCCGGAAAGACCGAGAGAAUUUUUGAUCAAGACGCUGGAAAAAGUAAAGAUUGCCAAAGCGUCUAGUGCUGAUUAUCCCAACCUUAUGGACGAGUCAAACUUGGAUGCAAUGUUCGAUAUGAUAGAUGUUGGAGGCGAAGGCUACAUAAAUGUAGUACAAUACAAAGGAGCACUUGAGUCUUUGGGAUUGAGUAGCCAAGAUGUAAUUUACAACGAAAGUGCAAUGAUUACGUCAAAUGUGUUCAAGGAAAAUCUGACGAAAAAAUUUGCUGAACUGUGGACAACAGUUUAAUGCUGAAUAUUCUCACCUGGAAUAUUUUAUAUAUCUAUUUUUUACUUUCUGGGAAAAAAAAGCUAGCAAUUUCAUUUAUAUAUAUAUAUCACGGUCUUCACUUGUACUAAUUACGUCAUCACUGAACACAGGUACAAAACAUCUCCUUUUCCCAUAUUUGAAAAAUCUUCAAAACUGUUAUCCUACUGAAUUUGCUAAAUAAAUACUGGGAGUGUUAGCCAACA